UUUUCCUCACACAACAGCACACAGGGCUUUCCUGUAAAGUGAGACAGACAUGCUAAAGGAGACAGACUCGUACUAAAGAGAACCGUUCAGUCCUGGAGUCCACAUAGAACAGGAUAGCGCACAACUACAUGGAUAAUACCGCUCAGCUUGUCGGAAAGUUUGGAAAUGCUUUUGUGAACGGCAAGUGAACUCUGUUCUCCUGCUCUCCCAGGGAGAUUACAGCAGGACAUGCUUCCAGCCACUGAGCAGCUUGACUUGACUUGCAGCGUCAUGGGAAUCAUGCUCACACAGAGGAGACUGAACUGUACUGCUGUCAACAUGUCAGUAGUAGUGUUUGUGUGAUAUAGCGAAAGGCUGCUAUAUGCAACCUAUUUGUGUGUCACUAAACAAGAUUACAGGAUAGUGUUGUUACAACUGGCACCCUCCUAAAGAAGGUAAGAGAAGCUGCGGAAAAUUGUCCAUACAAAGCCCCUUUGUUCCCAGCCAACGGUAGAGGUGGAACAGGAGCUGCUUGGAUAACUGGACAUGGGGAGAUGGACCUUUUAUGACACUUUUAACUGACACUUUGCUAGAGCUGCUACCUGUUGUGGUUUGCCUCCCUUUGCUCUCAGGUGGUGUGACACUUUGAGCAAAAAUGGACAGUGGAAGUAAUAACUCAGAGGAACAGGGGAAGCCGCCUGCUAGUUCCUUACUGAAUGCUUUCAGCAGCUUCUUCACCCGGGAUAGAUCUGCCUCUACAGACUUGGAGGCGGCCGUGCUGAUGUCUUUCAAGGAGCUGCCGCAUCGCAAGAAUCCUCUUCCUGAAGGUGGUCAAGCCACUAACAGUAAGUACAAGCUAAAAGGGCGGGUGGAUGAAGGAGCAGCUGGAGCACAAGUUGACACAGACCUGGUCCAGGUCACCAAGGUGGAAACGUACAGUGACACAGAAAAUGAAGAUGAGGAUGCUUCCCACAGCAGCACCAGCACAUCAGAGAAGCUUGCCAAGACCAGAGAGCCCGUCUUACCUAAGGAAGACAAUAACACAGUGGACCACGGUGGAGGAGAUCAGCCACAACAUGCCGCUGAGGCAGAAGCAGCGUACAAAUUGCUUAUGUUCAGAACACACAAAUUUAGCGAGCAAUCCCGCAUAGAAGCUAUUCUAAAUUCAGGCAGGUUUCUGAACAGGACUAGCUCUAGGACAGUUCAGUCUUCAGUUUCCAAACCGGGAGAUGGCUGCGCUCCCAAGGACAGCACCACCACAGUGUCUGUAGGUGCAGAAACAUUGACUGCAGAAGAGGAUAGGAGCAAAAAAUUGGGAACAAAUGAAAGCGAUGGGUAUGCCAGGAUAGAUUGUUCUCAACCUGUUCCCUCUAUCAUCUCUGGGAAUCCUGCUUCAGAGACUGAAGGUCAUAAUGCUGGCACGGCCUCUCCAUCCAAGCAGACAGAAGCUGUAGAUAGUACACAAAAGGAGGAGGCACCUGUUCCCUCCACUCCUAAGACUCCUGAAGUGUCAGUCCAAUCAUCCUCUGGUCCAGAGGAGCAAUCAGACACUGCCGGUGUUACAAAGACACCCAUGUCGCCAUCAUCUGCACCCGAAAAGCACCUGGGAGGCAUUCAGCCAGGCGGCAGCCCUACUUCACAGCGCACAACUGCUCCAAAGACACCUGAAAUGAAUACCUCUACCUCAUCCCCGUCCAGGGCCGCGGCGCUCUCUUCGUCCCCUUCCUUCCAGAUGCCGGCUCUCUUCAGUGGGUUGAGGGUGCUGAAGAAAGGAGCAGUGGGUGAAGACAGGGAGACGGUGUCGGAGAUCAAGCAGAGGGAGAAGGAUGCUGACCUGGCCCUGCUCAGUUUGAAGAAGACGGUGAACAAAGCCAAGCUCUUACCUGAGCAGAGGACUCCCUCUCCAGCCAAAAAACACGCAGAGCCGAAACCCGCUGCAGAUACUAAAAGCACUGUAAUGGGACAGCUCAGUCAUCUGCUCAACAAAGACAGCCCCAGUGAGACCAAACAGUCAGGUCAUGGGCAGGAUGCUGAUCUCAAACAUGGCAAAAAAGAGUCUGAGAAUGGAGAGGAGGUUGCUGGAGAAGAGAAAACUCCAGACCCAGUAAAUCCUACAGCCACACCUGAAAAAAAGAAAACCUCAGAUCUGGCCUAUGAAACCUUCAGGAGCAUCUUUGGCCCCAAAAGCAUCAAAAAGGAGAAAGCGGAAGAGGUGGAUGUGGAGGCACUGAAGAAGAAAAUCAAGAAUGACAAGGAAAAUCUGAGGUCGAUUUUUGAGAAAACCUCCAAAUCUCCUCUGAAGGAAGUCAGUAGUCCCACAGAGGCUAAUACAGAAGUCACGUCCCCUACAGACAGUGAGGACCGGACUCCAGGGCGGCUGCAGGCCGUGUGGCCCCCACCCAAACCUAAAGAUGAGGAGGAGAAGGUGGGGCUCAAGUACACCGAGGCAGAGCACCAGGCCGCCCUCUUGCAGCUGAAGAGAGAGUGCAAGGAAGAGCUGGAGAGGAUGCAUUCUGACUUUGAGCUUCAGACCUUCCAACUGCGAGGAGAGCAUGCCGUCUCAAUAUCUCAACUGGAGGGAGUCAUCGCUAAGAUGCAAAGAGACAAGUCGUACAAUAUCAGUCAGGAGCGCGGUGAGGUCCGCGAUGCCGCUGUGUCCACGGCAGAUGACCCCACGAGCAAGACCUACCGCACUGUGGGUAUCCAGACGGACAGGGAGACCUUCAUCAAGAGCCCUGAGGGCGAUGGGGGCGGUCUCGUUCAAAGCCCCAACCAGAACGUGCCGAAAAAACUCAACUUGGAUUCUAUCGGUCUGAACCUAAAAGGUGAAGCGGCCCCAGGUGCUCCUGGACCGGCCCCGCCACCUCCACCUCCUCCUCCACCUCCUCCACUUCCACCAGGCUUUUCAGGACCACCACCACCUCCUCCUCCUCCUCCUCUUCCAGGCAACGCUGGAGCACCACCACCGCCCCCUCCUCCUCCUCCUCCCCCUCUUCCAGGCAACGCUGGAGCACCACCACCACCACCACCUCCUCUCCCUGGAGGUGGCCCGCCGCCCCCACCCCCUCCGCCUCCCCCUCCUGGCCUACCUGGAGCUGGUCCACCACCUCCUCCCCCUCCUCCAGGAUGUUGUCCUCCACCUCCUCCGCCUAUGGGGGGGUUCAGUUUUGGCCAGAACGUGGAGAAGGCCCCACGGAAGCCUACUGUCGAGCCAGCCUGUCCCAUGAAGCCGCUGUACUGGACCAGGAUACAGAUACAGGACAAUAACAACAACACACUGUGGGGCUCUCUGGAGGAACCGAACAUCGUCAACACCAAUGAGUUUGAGGAUCUUUUCUCUAAGGCCACGCUACAGCCGAAGAAGAAACCCCUGUCAGACACCUAUGAGAAGAAAGCCAAGACAAAGAAGAUUAUCAAGCUCCUGGAUGGGAAGCGUUCACAAGCAGUUGGCAUCCUCAUAUCGAGCCUGCAUCUGGAGAUGAAGGAUAUUCACCAAGCGGUUCUUACUGUGGAUAACUCUGUGGUGGACUUGGAGACCAUUGAGGCUUUAUAUGAAAAUAGGGCAACCACUGACGAGAUGGACAAGAUAAUGAGACAUUAUGAGAAGUCCAAAGAAGAUGAAAUCAAACUGUUGGACAAACCUGAACAGUUUCUCUAUGAGCUGUCCCAGAUUCCUGAUUUUGCUGGCCGGGCCCACUGCAUCAUCUUCCAGUCAGUGUUUCUCGAUACUAUCUCCUCCAUCCGUCGCAAGGUGGAGAUUAUCUCCAAUGUCAGCAAAGAGCUGCUAGAAUGCGACAGAUUGCGGGAUAUAAUGGGUCUCGUUCUGGCCUUUGGGAAUUAUAUGAAUGGAGGGAACAGGACAAGAGGUCAAGCUGAUGGCUUUGGACUGGAGAUCCUCCCCAAACUAAAGGAUGUCAAGAGCAGGGACAAUCGUAUCAAUCUGGUGGAUUAUGUGGUUUUAUACUACCUACGUAACUUUGACGAGCAUGCCGGUACAGAGAAGAGUGUGUUCCCUUUGCCAGAGCCCCAGGAUUUGUUCCAGGCUGCUCAGGUUAAGUUUGAAGACAUCACCAAGGACAUCAGGAAGCUGAAGAGAGAUCUAACUGCUUGUGAGAAGGAUGUGCACAAGGUCUGUGCUAACUCGUCAGAGGAACACCUCCAGCCCUUCCACGAGAAGAUGGAGGGAUUUAUCUCAGCAGCUCAAAAGGAUCACUCCGCUGAAGAGGACCGGCUCGGUUCGGCACAGAAACGUUUCCAGGACAUGGUGAGCUACUUUGGUUCUAAGCCAAAAGCCGGGGAGAAAGAAGUGGCCCCGAGUCACGUCUUUAUGCUCUGGUACGAGUUUUGCAAUGACUUCAAGAACACCUGGAUACGACAAAACAAGAACAUCUCCAAGGAGAGGUUGAAGGAAGCUCAAGAAAACAUCAAGAAGAUCACAGCGGAGAAGAGGGUUGAAACCAAGAAGAUCAAUGCCAAUAGUCUGAAAGAAAGGCUGCGGCAGAAGGAAUCCAGCGUGUCCUCCAGCUGAAAUGACAAGUGACGAAGCAGAAGAAGGAACGAUGAGAGGCGGAGGUAAGAAAGUGCGCAGGCCUUAUCGCUCCGUCGUUAAACCACCUGCCUCAACAACACUGGACUGCCCUCCGUGCCCCGUACGAACUCACAGUAAAACCUGGCCGGACUCUUACUACUCCCACUGCCAUACCUCUGCGCUACUAACGGCACUGGACACCCACCCAUCCCCACCCACCCGCCCUCAUGUCCAGCCUUUUUGGAAAAAAACUCCUGUGCCGAGGCUGCACGGCUGACACAGCCGAAGUGAUGAGAGUCUUAAAGGCUAAAGGUUGACCUCGUUCAUCCAGCGUGGCGUGACCUCUGAGUGCCCGGCUUGUGAAAGGUCUCUACGGGUCAGCGGAAUUCCCAACAGUGCCAGCUGACAAAUCCAUGAGAUUCCUUCUGGAUCUACAAGAGCUGAGAAUCUAUUCUUGUAGAUGUUGUCUGGCACAGCGGACGUAUUUAAAGUGCUCCAACGUAUUCAAAAGUGUGAAGAUGUUGUCGCUGUUCCCGGCGAUUUCUGCUUUGAGGAAAAUGUAAGGAAGCAGCUCCCAGUGUCUUCUGCUGUAGCGAAGAGCUGUUCAUUCACCAUGGCUCAUUAAAAGUCUUGUAAAUAUGUCAUGUCGUAGAAUCGGCAGGGACCGUGCAGCUUCGGGGAGUAUGAUGAAUGAUCCGCGCUGAGCUUCGAGUGCAGAUGAAGACGUGUUGUGUAUAAACGCGGAGAUUUCACUGUAUUGUGUGUGUUUUUCACUGCGCCAGCCUGACCUCCCCUGGGUGACGGCCAGAGUAGAGCAAGGCCUGGCAGCGAGUCUGGCCCCAAGCCUCGGACCCAUCACACACACACAUACACACAUGCAUACAUACACACACACACACACACACACACUUACUUAAAAACAUUAGAUGAACACGAAAGGUUUUGGCCAUGCACCCACUCACCUGAGAACUAAAAUGUACUUAAUGCAGAGUUGUUCAUCUCCCUCACUGAGUGCUGCACGUCACAGUGUGUCCAGCACAAGUUGAAGCACUUUCCUGCUUGCAGUAGCUGUAGUAGCUAUCAGCCACACUCCUAUGUUAUGCUAAGUGUAUGCAUUUUAUUCAGAUGUCUUGCACUUUUUUGCACCUCUUUUCCUAUGCAAGGGUAUGGCUUCCUUGUUAAAAAAAAAAAGAAAAAGAAAAAGAAAAAAAAGAUUGAUGAGUUGUAUUGCUUCAUGAUGAAAUCCUAUUAAGGUUUUUUUUAUUUUUAAGAAUGCAGAAAUUUAUUGCUCAAUGUUUUAUUUUCACAAUUGUAAGCUGUACCCACACUCCUGUGUCAUUCAAGAAAAGUAUAUUUAUGUAAGAAGAGGUUUAUUUUAUGCCAAAAGAACAUCGGCUUUCUUCCCUU